UCCACACACACUUAUCCAUUGAUUUUGAUAACACCAUGUUCAUAAGAACAGAAAAUAGAGAUAAAUAACACAACAAAUAAAUUUCAAAAAUUUUUUAGUAUCAUCAAUCCCCUCAAAAAAUGUCUGUAACAUCUUCAAUUCCAUGCAUCAAAAUCCCAACAACUUCUUCAUCAUGUGCAUCUUCAUCAACCUCAUCUUAUUCUUUUAGAUUCUCUUCUCUCAAACCCUAUGCUGUUACUGUAAGAAACUCUCAGAGUGAAGGUCCUUUGAGAAGACCAAUGGCUCCUUCUGUGAAAGAACCAUCUAAUCUUCCUCAACCCUUGAAACCCUCACCUCCUUCUCAGUCUCCACCACAACCUCAGAAACCAAGUUCUCUUGUUGUUGGGGAUGAUAGAAGUGUUGUUACAUUAGAGUUUCAGAGACAAAAGGCUAAGGAAUUGCAGGAGUAUUUCAAAUUGAAGAAGCUUGAACAAGCGGCAGAUCAAGGUCCCUUUUUUGGAUGGAUUGCCAAAAAUGAGAUUAGCAAUGGAAGGUGGGCAAUGUUUGGUUUUUCUGUUGGAUUGCUAACCGAAUUUGCGACGGGCUCAGACUUUGUUGAUCAAGUGAAGAUCCUUCUCUCCAAUUUUGGGAUAUUAGAUUUGGAUUGAAUAUAGUAACUUUAUAUAAAAUACAUUGUCAAUAGUUUAUUGUUGCUUUUGAAUGUCAACAACGUUUAUCAAAUUGUUUCAUCUUCAUAUAUAGCAAGCAAGCUUGCUUUAUUAUGAAGUUAAAUAACAAUAAUGUGAUUAACCUUUUCGAUUAUGCACAUUUCUUGCUUUAUAUAUGGCAAAAGUGUGAGCUACACACUGUUAUAACAA